AUGUCCAGAAAAUCGGUAUUAGGUGCAUUUUGUGCACACAAUGGCGCCCUCGAGGCUGCCUCGAGAAGUAUAGCCAGAGCUGGCCAACAACGGACCUUCUCAUCUACACCUCAACGAAAGGCAAAACACGUACCCAUUUUCACCAAGACCUCUUCGCCCGAACUUGACGAUCUCCUCGGCUCCAUCCGCAACAAGAUCAUCCUGCCGUCCUUUCUGCCCCAAGAACAACGAAAGAAGCUCUUCCGCCAGCGCUACGAGAAGAAACUGGAGUCCGACCCCAUAAUCAUCGAGGUCGAUGGAGAGAUCUUUAAGUUCCGGCACAUGGACCCGCAAAAGGGUAACAUGCCCAACACGCGCAAGAGCGUUAUCCAGGCCAUCCAGGCCUUCUCCAAGGACGAGGACUUUGCCAACCUGGUGCCGCUGCUCGAAGGCAUCUACCACGCCAAGCGCAAGCUGCCCGAAGACUUUUAUGCCAAGAUCGCACGAGAGCUGGGUAAGAAGGGCCGAGUAUACGACGUGAUCGAGUGCGCGCGCAUGAUCAAGCGCACGGGGUACAAGCUUGACACAAGUGAGAAGGUCAACACAGUGCUGGCCGAUGUGCAGAUGAAGGCCAUCGAUGCAGGUUGGUCCAAGGGUCAGACGGAGCAGUCGUUGCGGUGGACGGAGAUGGUGCUCGACAUAAUCGAGGAGGAGGAGCACCAGCCGCGGGUCAAGGCCGAUCUGCCCCUGAACCGGGAUCCCCAGGUCCUGUUGGCGCCGUUGCAUCUGGCUACCGUGCUGGUGGCCAAACACGAGGCUGACGAGCAGAUGGUGGCCAAAAUGAACAAGUACGCCAGAGAAGUCGUGAGGUUGUGGCCCGAAGGUACCAAGCUGAGGGAGCUUCACGUGGCGGAGUCUUACGUUGAGGGUGGUCCGAUGCACUACCUCAUGGAGCCGAAUAAGUUUGUCAGUUUGGCUGCGCCGCUGCUUUUUGGACUUGAAAUGGCCGUGGAUACCGUCAAGGAUGCGCAGCUGGCAGAUGAGCUACGGUCAAAAUGUGCCGUGCUCGGCGGAGAGAUCCAAACGGCAAGACAAGAAAACAAAGCAGUGAGACCGGAAGGUGGCCGGGCUGAGGGGGUGUGGGCAAAACUGUACUCGGCUUAG